UCCAUCAUCCGACGACUCGACUCUUUCCGCAAAACCCAACAGUUCUAGAACUCCUCCUUCCCUAGCCACCAUCGCCGCAGAUCGAGCCCCAAAACCCUAGCUCCCCCUCUCCGUCUCCGUCGCCGGCCACACCCUUCAACCCCCUUCCCUCCGGCUACCUGCGCCAGGGGGACGCACGAAGCCAUGGACAGCGCCCUCGCGAGCGCGGCGGCGAUCGCCGACCAGCGCCAGAAGAUCGAGCAGUACCGCCACAUCCUCGCCUCCGUCCUCUCGUCUUCUCCGCCGGACAUCGCCCAGGCCAAGCGCUUCCUCGACCACAUGGUGUCGGAUGAGGUGCCGCUCGUGGUGUCGCGGCAGCUGCUGCAGACGUUUGCGCAGGACCUUGGGAAGCUGGAGUCCGACGCGCAGAAGGAGGUCGCCCACUACGCGCUCACGCAGAUCCAACCGCGCGUGGUCUCCUUCGAGGAGCAGGUUGUAGUGAUUAGAGAGAAGCUUGCAGAACUAUAUGAGUCUGAACAGCAGUGGUCAAAAGCAGCGCAAAUGCUUAGUGGGAUUGACUUGGACUCAGGGAUAAGGAUGCUUGAUGACACCAACAAAUUAUCCAAGUGUGUCCAGAUUGCGCGACUCUAUUUAGAGGAUGAUGAUGCAGUGAAUGCUGAGGCUUUUAUCAACAAGGCUUCAUUUUUGGUCACCAACAGUCAGCAGGAAGUUCUAAACUUACAGUACAAGGUCUGCUAUGCAAGGAUUUUGGAUCUGAAAAGAAGAUUCUUGGAAGCUGCGCUUCGAUAUUAUGAUAUCUCUCAGAUUGAACAGCGCAAGAUUGGAGACGAAGAGAUUGAUGAAAAUGCUCUAGAGCAAGCUCUUAGUGCUGCUGUAACGUGCACAAUAUUGGCUGGUGCUGGUCCACAACGCUCCCGUGUUCUUGCUACGCUGUACAAGGAUGAAAGAUGCUCAAAGCUGAAGAUAUACCCAAUACUGCAGAAGGUUUAUCUUGAAAGGAUUUUGAGGAAACCAGAAAUCGAUGCGUUUGCAGAGGAGCUGAGGCCACAUCAAAAAGCUUUAUUGCCAGAUAAGUCCACUGUGCUUGACCGGGCAAUGAUUGAGCAUAAUCUCCUUAGUGCCAGUAAACUUUACACAAAUAUCAGCUUUGAUGAGCUUGGGACAUUAUUGGGCAUUGAUCCAAGGAAGGCUGAGAAGAUAGCAUCUCGGAUGAUUUAUGAGGAUAGAAUGCGGGGUUCAAUUGAUCAGGUUGAAGCUGUGAUACAUUUUGAUGAUGACACCGAAGAGCUACAACAAUGGGACCAGCAGAUUUCUGGGCUGUGCCAAGCCCUGAACGACAUCCUUGACAGCAUGUCAAGCAAGGGAAUAGCUAUUCCGGUGUGAGUCAAGUCUACUCGUCCUGGCGGUGGAUGUCCGAGCUGCUUUCACGCCUCCAGAAUUGACAUUUUGUACAGUUUGCUGCUGCAAAUGCUUGUCAUGUGCCUUUGGAACCAAUCGUUACCAUACAAUCGUCUGGUGCAAAAGCUGGGGUACAAUGCUUGUUCAAGUUCCAUGGUCUGGGUAUUCAGUAGGUUACGGAGGCAGAACGUGAACACUAUACGGGCAUACGGCUCUGGAGGAUACUGCAUCGUUCAACCGUACCUUGCGGUUACUCGUCAGUUGUUUCGCGUACGGUGCGAUGCCUGGUAGAAUUACGGCACAGGAGCCUUGGAAAUGAGAGAGAUUUAUGCUCAAGUAGCAUAUCAUUA